UAUAGUCUCGUGGGUUCCACGCGACAUCAACGCGCCCCCGAACGAUCGUCGUGUUCCCCCGUUUGGAUCAAACCCUCGUGUCCGUCCCUCGACUUCGAUGGCCGCCUUCCGAAGACUCGCCGAGUCGACCCACUUCGCCGCCCUCCGUUCGAGCUCUCAGAAGGAGGCGUCGACGUCGCCGAGCAACCAGAUCUCUCGGCGCGGAUACCACAUCGACCUCGGAGCCCGCGAGAAAGCGCUGUUGGAAGAAGAUCCAGCAUUAAAGAGGUUCAAAUCAUAUAAGAAUAACCUGAAGCGGGUGUCAAAAAUCGGGGAUGUUCUUACUAUACUUGUUGUUGCUGCCUGCACGUAUGAGCUUUAUGCAGUGGCAACUGUGAGAAAGGAUCAGAGGCAGCAGCAUUGACGUUCUGCAAUCAACUGAAGAAAUUGCACAAGGAUGCUCUUCACCUGCUGUUUGUAGACAUUUGCUUGUUUCUUUCUGACGAAACCUCUCUUAUUUGUGAUGCAGAAUAAAUUUGGCUCCAACUCUAUGUCCAAUAGGACCUUUAAUUCGAUACGCAGCUGUAUUCUCUCUCUAUGAAAGUAGAGAAUGUUUUGAGUA